AUGGCUAAGAAUGCACGCAGAACAAACUUAUCAAGUGCCUCUGGAACUAGACCAUUAUCUUCAGCGAUGGAAGGAAGACAAAGCGUUGCAACUACCUUGAAACCGACAACGAUAGACAGUGGAAUAUACACACCAAGCGUGUAUGAGGGACCAAACUUGAGUGAAUAUGGGCUUCCUGAUUAUUCGCACCCCUCAGAGGACGGGGAUAUGUUGCACAGCCGUUUGUUUGAUGACCCUCCUCGAUUGAAAACACCACCAACCUUGAACUGGAAAGCCCCAACAGGCGACGAUGUUUGUAUGGUUGUGGAGGCGCCGACUACAUCAGGAUACACUGCGCCAGUUUUUUAUGACCCCGACCAAUCACAGGGGAAAACAAAUGAAGCGUCAGAAGUGGACGAAGAUGAGGGGAGGGGUUCAGAAAUCGACAAGGACAGUAACAUGGAUGUUGCAGAGGCAAAAGAUGAAAUGUCACCACGUUCCAUCACGGUGGAGAGCAUAGAUGAUUUAGCUACGGUUGUAGUCGCUAUGAUCUUGAAACAAGCCAUCUCUAUAGCGUGCAAAUCAGAUGAAAAGGAAGUGGAUUCGGUUAUUGAUAACAAUGUACUAAAACAGUGUGGUGGUUUCAAAAGCCACAAUUUAAAAAUAGGAAUGUUGGAUGAAGUCACAGUUAAAGAAAUUGAACGCAGUAGAGAGGAAUCUAUCAGGUUUAAGUUACCAGGUGACGAAGAUGAACGUCACACACUUAAGAAGAAAGUCAGUAUUACAAGUAAGUCCUCCUCCUCCAUUGACCAAGAAGAGGACUCCUUAUUUGGUAGUGAUGUCGAAGACGAGACCGAUCCAUACUUCUCAAAACAGAAAACCUAUAACUUAUGUAAUAGAAAAGGAAUUGACGCAUUUCGUAAAUUCCUUGAUGGAACUUCAGGGGAGAAGAAUUGGAAUUUUUGGUUAGAUGUCGACAAGGCAAGAAGUAUAGGUGAACAAGAUGUAUUAUUGCAGUAA